AUGGUACGGCUGGCACAACAAUCGCGCCGCCGCAUUUGCGCAUUGCCGGUGGGAGCGUCUGCGGGAGGAGCAUCGGAUGUAUCAGUCAUUGGCAGAGAAUCCCUUGUGUCGAGGUGGAUGUGCCUGGUGUCGUCGUACUCACCCUCGUGUCUCUUCUCCACGGGGACUGGCUGCGCCGGUGCCAGGGAUGAGGAGAGUGAUCCAGAGCCGCUGCCGCUGCCGCUGCCGCCGCCGACCCGGCCCGUCCUGGUGAGUGUUUGGGUCUCGUUCGGAGUUUGAUCGUCUCGUUCGCCCGGUGAGUUUCUCGUUGAAUGUUGUUGAUAGGUCCGCGACUUCAUCAGGUCUGCUCUGUACGACCCAGAUCACGGCUACUUCUCCAAGCGGUCAGGUUCCGUCGGGGUGCUCGACAGGAGCAUUAAUUUCAAUCAGCUUCAAGGUUAUGUACCUCUAACACUAGGAUUAUCGAUUACCACGGCUGGAAGCUAAUGCAGGAAUAGAACAAAGCUGCUGCCAAAUACCCAAAAAGUUGUUUCCAUUGCUCAAGAAACAAUGACAUGCUUGUGUGGCAUACAGCCAUUUUUUAUGAAGGGAGGGGGGGUGGGAAUCACCUAGGACAUGGUGUCUCAUCCAAUUACCUUACCAGACUGAAGCUUGAUCUUGUAGCUCUUUUUCAAAUUUUCCUAAACUUGCGUUGAAAAACUUGUAAAAGCCAGUUCGACAUGCAGCUGAUUGGGUUGGGGUUUCAUUUCAAUGUCUGUUCCUAUGUGGCACGCUUUAAAUAAUGCUCAAUUUGUACUCAAAUUUGUCUCCAAUGAAAUCGACGACCUUUUUAUGGUAAAGACGCAGGAAAGCUAUCUGCCUCUCAUGAUCUUCCAUAUCAUUGUCAUUGUUACCAUCAUCAUUACCACAUCACUGUCAUCGUUUUUGUUCUAAUCAAUUCCAACUUCAUAGGGAAGCAUUAUCAGCAGAAUUUGGCACUAAGCACAACUCGUGAAUGUAAAAUAUUAUUACUGACCUUUUAUGAGUGUUCUUACCUCACUAGUCUUGUGGUCUGCUUGGAAAUCCUUUCACAGUUACUCAUGAAAUUCUUAGGGGCUUCGUGAUUCACUGAGUGACUUUUUCUCGAUAAUGAGAAUCAAGUUUGUAGCUCUAAGCUUGGUUGCAUCUUUUAGUGCUUUGGACGGAUUUACCUGCCUUCCUUUGCUGAAGCAUUGAGCUUCAGAUAAUUGUUCUGAAUGGUAUGCAGUGGGAAGAGCUUGUUUCUUGAGAUCUGUGUGUUUUGUUCAAUGUUAUCAAAGUAUGAAGAAAAACCCAAGUUUAUGAAGAGAAUUUGGUUGAUUCACAAUCGCUACCGGACUACCAUUAGCCUCUGACUUCUUCAAUGCAGGCACCCUGAAAGCCUCUACUAUUUCGUGCACUUUUUUUUUUCUUCCUUUUGAAAUUCGUUGAUAUGUGGUGCAUAUUUUUUAUAUAGUCAAUGAGGUGUGGUGUGCUUGCGAUAUAAUGGAUAGAUAGUGUGGAACUUACACAAUGUUUAUUUAGCAAAAGAACAAAUUAACUUUAUUUUUAUGCUGAGGCCUUAUGUCACGGAGAGUUCUCUUUAUUUGUGUUAUGCACGUUGUUUUAACCUUUCAGUUAAUAUAUCCUGGGGGCUGAAAUUAAUCUUUUAUAGGUAGGAACGCUUACAUGAGACACCUGCACAGUCUAUACAAGAAGCAUGACAUUGCAUGGUUUACACCAGUGGAGCUUUUCAAGGUAAGGAUUGUCUUUUCAAGUUUUAGCUUAGAGUUCAAGAAAGAGGAACUUGCAAGAUGAACCCGUUGUAGCUGAAGUAGCACUGGACAUCUCAGGGAAUAAGUUUCAGGUUGGGGAUUGCCAUGGAAUAUGGAAUCUUUUCAGUAGUCAGUGCAUAUUAAGGCUUGCUAAUGCAUGCUUAAACUGUGAAGAGAGGUUCGGGAAGGAUUAUUCUGUUGACUUUUUAAAGAGAGGUAGCUGUUUUUAUUUUUUCAUCCACUUUCAGAAAUUAAACAGGUGUGAGAAAGAGAAAUUUCCUACGAAGGAAAUACUAAAUGAAAUUUGUUGUUCGUAUGGAUAAGUUAAUAAGCCGUGGUUUUGAAGAUAGGCCAAAAACGCCACGAGCUCUGAAGGAAAAAAUAUAUUUAUUGGUUGAAUAAAUAUCGCUACGAGCAUCCUGUGAUAUGUUGUUGUAUAUAGCCGACGUAAGAGAGCCUUUUCAUGUAUUUUUUUGCUCGGUUUAUUUAUCUAUCAAAUUCAUUCCCUAGUUAAUGAGCUGUUGUCGAGCAAGUCUUAUAUCACUAGGGGAGUUUGUGACUUCCUACUGAAUUGGCUCAGGGUUUUUAUUUGAUAAGAUAUAUUUCUCUAUGAAUGUAUUUUACUGACGCCACAUGUCCAUUCCCACCUUGAAUUAUCGAUAUGAUAGUUCCUGGUGUUUACUCUUGGUUCGAGUCUAAUGUGGAAUGUCUGCCAAUGACUAUUUGUGGAUUUAUUUGGCCUUUAUUUUUACUGUUCUUCAGCCAUGGUAUGCACAUGGUAUUGCAGAAGCAAUUUUACGUACGGCAAACCUCUCAGUCCCACUAAAGGUCAGUUCUUCCUUCCUUUUAAUACUAGGUUCAACUUCAGAAAUAUUUUUCAAUAUUUUGCAUCUUGUGCAAUAAAUUAAAGUCACUUUAUGCCAUGUUCCUUUUUUCCACAUUUGCUGUGCUCUUUUGAGGAUCACGUUUUCUUGUAAUUCUAUUCCUAUUAUUUUUUUGGUUCACAACUACGACUUGUUUAUGUUUUAGCUUUGUGAAAAUUUAUGUCCGAUUUAUUUUCUCGCUGAUAAAAAAGUUUUGACUAUUUUAUGGGUUUUGUUUUAGACAUCUCUUUUGGUUUUUGUGAAUAAUUCAACAGUUCUUCUAUGUCCACUAAAAUUCAUAUUUCAUUUUCUUGUGCGUUUGGACUGAAGGCAUGAUAGGAAACCCCUGCGAAUACUUGAUCUGGAUUGGCCAGUUCGGUUGAGCUGUAUUUUCUUGAUCAGAUGGGAAUCAGGGUUCUUCAAAUUGAGAAAAAAAAAGAAAUCAUAUUUGAUCAGUCAUCCGAUCUCACAUGGUUCAGCUGAUUCCCUUUCCAUACUGGACUGCGGACCUAGAAGGGGCCUUAGCCUUCUUGUAGACAGAUGAUUGUUACUUGCUAGCAAAGGAACAAGGCUGUGGCAGUAACAUAUGCGUGUUGGUAAUUCAAGAAAACAAGAGGACGCAAAGUCUUUUUUGUUGCUAGAGAUCACCGUAUACUUCCGUCUGGUGCUGCCUGUUGUGAUUCAUGACAAUGACCCGCCACAACAAUUGACUACAGUGGCCCCCUUGAAGCCUUUUUCCGCAUCUGGUGCUCACCAAUCUGUGGGAAUAAACUGAAGUAAAUGGAGGGUCAUUUAGGAUCAGUGCCAUUAUCCAAAAGAAAAGACAACAAUCUUGUGGGCUGCUGCUAGCGACCCUUGAGCAAUAGGUGACCCUGACCUUGUACACGCUGAUGGUAGUGGCAAUAUCAAUGACGAUGGGAAAGGACUCAGUCAGAAAGACACCAGCAGGAAAAGGAGGGCUGAAGGGUAACGUGAAUAUCAUUUGUGGCAAGUUUUGGACGUGCUGUAGGCAUCUUGGAUGUUAUGGCUGUGCCAGUGUCAUGCAUUGACAGUUGAAAGGGAGGACAUCACAGACUAUUCAAGAAAAGUGGCUUUGGAGUUCAGGUGUCAGUCAUCGCUGUGAGAAAUACAGUUAUCUGAGAGCCACCAAUAAUGAACCCUGGCAUAGAUCUAUGGCCAUAAGUUAUCUUUGUCCCACGGAGUAUGAACUUUGGAUGAUGAUCUAAUGAGUUCAAAGCCAAUUAAGGAUAUCUUACCCAAUUCACUCACGAGGUCCAUCAUGAUGAUUCAAUGGGCUCAUGGGCAAUUUAUUUAUUGGAUUGAACUCAUUACUGAAUGAGGUUCGACUGAGUACUCAGUGGGCUUUAUAGAACUGCUACAUGGAACCCAACCUGUUGUUGAAAUGUGUUCUAUUAUCAGUUGGGCCUCGUCCAUAUUUUUAGUGGAUGAAAUGAAAUUGGCAAUUUGUUCUUGAAUUAUUUGCUUUCAUUAACAUGUUUUGAUAUCGGGUCUAUUUUCAUUGCUCAACCAUAAAUAUAAAAAUAAUAUAAGAUAAAACUAUUAAUAUUAGAGUUUCAUAAGGACACCUUAGACUCAUGCGUAGUGCCUAAAAUAUUAAAAUUCAAACUAAAAAAAAUCAAGAUAUUAUAAAUUUAAGAGGCUUUUUCAGGAAAUUUGAAAAAAAAAUAUUAUUUCAUUGGAUAUGUAAUAUGUAGACAAUUAAUUUGGGAUAUUUCUUCGUGGAGAGAUGAUACUGAACAAUUUGGGAUUAAUGGGGAGUGAGUAAGUUCAAACAAUGAAUCAGAUAUAUGUCUCAAAGACAUUUACAUCAAUGCGAAACCCAACUAAAGUUUAGCUAAUAAAAGUAUGACGAUCAUGUCACAACUUCACCAAGGUACCCUUUGCCGCCCUUGAAAUGUUCUGGAUCUAAUUUGGAUGUGAAAGGAGUUCAAUCCUCCUGAAUAUUUUGAAAAGACAUUGAAUCUGCUGACUUCCUGGUGGUAUUCACGAGAAAUAAAUCGAUUAUCUAGUAUUGGCCUGCUUUCUGGCUGAUCUGAUAUUAACUUGCAUCAACCAGUUUAUGAGGUCAGUGUUGCUAUCAAGGGAAGAAGAUGAACGUGCAGCCCACUGGAGGAUGGAGGACGCAUGAAAAAACAGAGAAAAAAUAAAAUCUCAAUAGAACAGCUGCUGGGGUGUUGUGGAAUUCCCACGUCUUGGCACCUGCCUAUGACCUUAAUCUCCCUCCUAUCAUGACAAGACAUAUUGGGAUUGGUGUGAUGGGUCAUUUAUUAAAGUUGGUUUCGUCUUUGGAUGAAUUCUGAGAGGAUUACGAUGAUUUUUUGAUAAUUAUUGAUUCCAGAUUUAUUACUUUUAUUAAUCUUCGUAGAAAUAUGUGUAGUCUUCCAGAUGCCAAUAUAAAUAUUUUUCGCGAAGAAAAUCAGAUAAUUCUAUAAUCUAUAUAUUUUCUACCAAUAUUUUUUCUUACAGACUAGAUUCUUGUCCUAGAUAAGCAGUGAUAUUCAUACCUACCAGUACAGACGAUGCCUUUGCCUAACAUUUGAUUAUGCUCCCCUUUUUUAUGUAUACUUCAUGAAAAUUUUAAUUUUUCUCUUAAUACAUUUGUGAAGUCUUUUUUCUUUUGGUUGAUUUGGAAGUCUGAUCAUUCGUUAACAUAGUGUAGAACCAAAAUUAAGAAUCUAGCAACCUCAAAGUACAGGCCCCUCUCCUUCAAAACGAACAAAUCUCACUCAUACGAUCUCUUCAUGAGCCUACUUUGCAUUGCUACCAACGGUUGAAGAUGCUAUUAAUCUUACUAGGAACAAAAUCCCUAGUUCUAGCACCACUGUAAUUCUUCCGAUUAAUAUCAUCUACCGUAGUCCUUUGCUUAACAAAAGCUGGAUUAAAAUCUCUAAUAUAGACGGUGCAAAGUCCAAUACUACCUCAUGAUUGCAGAUUCAUAACUAGUUAAUAUCAUGCCAGCCAGGUCUUUUCUCAGCAUUUCUAUGCCAAUUUUGUUUUCAUUGCAUGAUCUCGAGUUUCUUAGUCACAAUUUUAGGAUUCUGAAGAUAAACAGAUAAUAGAUCAGUCACUUUGAUAACUCCGACUCACAUCUGAGGUUCCCCUCUAAAGUCAAGCCUUCCUUUCCGGCAAGUAAGAUGGUUUUCAAACUUUAGCUCAAUCUUUAUCAGAUUUCUAUGGAGAAGGGCUUUGGUAUGAGUGGAUGACGCAGAUAUGAAAACGAUAAUUUCUUUCCUCAUAGCCUAAGAGAGGAGGUACCCAUUUUACAUUCCUUAACUCCACUUUCAGGCCGACGACUAUUGUUUGUGCAUACUUCACCUUAAGACUGCUAGUCUCUUUCAAGGUCUCACGCAACGAUCAAAUCACAUACAACCGGUCAUUUAUCAACAAUAAAAACAUAGUGUCAUCAGCAUAGUCUUUCCUUCCUCCAUGGGGUUUGGAUUGGUUAUCAUAGGACAGAAGGGCAACUUGAUGUGGUUUGAGACUGAUUUUUAUGCCUAUUUUAUUAGUCAUAUUCCUUGAUAUAUUAUUUGUGUGUUCUAAAGAUACCAUUGAUACUAUUUUACGUUUUUACUCUAAUUUGUUUUUUUCGAGAAUCAACAAAUUUGUCCAAUCUGAUCUUGGUGGGUUCCGGCUCAUAUGACAGUUCAAAUCUGACGCUCAUUACCUUGGAAUUGAACUGAUGUUUUACAAAACUAUAGCAUGGCUUUUGUUCUUCAGGCCAGUUGAUCAUGGUGUCUACUCUAGUUCAUGCAAAAAAUACGUUUAUUCAUGUUUCUAGAGGGCCAUCUAUUGUUAAUUGUCACAGCAUAUUUGACUUUUGUUGGGAAAUGAACUUUUUGAGAAAGACUUUGGUACCCUGUUAGUUGGAAGAACUUAGCUUCAAGAUAGAUACGUUCAUUUUUAUACCGUAGCAUUUGGCUAUAAAUUCUAGCUUCAUUUAUGUUGGACUUUCUGUACUGCCUCCUGUUUUCAAUUGCUGACUUUUUGAAUGCGUGCAAGAUUUGUGGGUUGAAAUUGAACGAGAGUAGCAUACUAAUUUCAGAAACCUAUAGAUAGCUAAUUGAUUCACUUGACUAUCCCUUUGUUCAAUUACCUUUUAUCACAUGGAAGAAAAAUAAUGGAACUCAGCCAUCUAAUUCAGAUUUAGACCUGAUUGAACAGGACUGGUACCUUAAAUUUUAAUUGACGACCAGAACUGAUCAGUUUUUCAAUCCCUGCGUUACUCUACUUUCCUCACAUUUUUUUCCUCAGAUUCUUCUCAAGAAAAUCAAUGUGGAAUGCCAUUUUGAGAACUCAACUUUGUAUGAGAGAUUCGUCAGAUUAUUUCUUAUUUGUUUGUACUAGACUGUUUUUGAAUUCUAGAUUCUAUGAAUAUUCUGUGGAUCGUCUGUGUCAAUUGAUUUUAAGAGAGCAGUCCUGCAUUUUCCCUUUUUGCUAGUACUGUUUAUCUUUCAAUUUGCCUCUCACAUAUCUUAGAUCAAUGCAAGGUUGAUGUUACAUUUGCCUUGUCUUGAGUGUCUAUUGAGUGUUCCCCAUCUUUGUGGGAGUGUUUUAUGUUGAUAUACAUUGUACUCUGUUUCUCUCUCUUCCAAGUCUUUGCCUUUUUUUUUUUUGGAAGGCUUGCAGAAUGGUUAGUUAUUUCAUGUAUUGCAUAGCUGACUCAAUUGGUAGCUGACUCAGAAAGAUUUUGCCAAUUUUAUUGAUUCGGCCCCGUUUUUGUAAUGAAAUGCCCUGCAACAGUUGCAGAGGCAUUCCCUUUCGAUAUGUUAUGUUUGCAUGAUAGCAACAUUUACUUGAUUCAUCUGGCUGAUGAAACUGUCACUUUAUUUUAGUGAAACAAGCUUAAGAAAAUUCCAUUCUACAAACCCUCUGGUUUAUGGUUUUGUUGCCUUCCUACUAGUCUGAAAAGUUUUAAUCACUUUUGCAGAUAUAUGAAAUUGGAGGUGGUUCAGGAACAUGUGCAAAGUGUAUAAUGGAUUACAUGAUGUUGAAUGCACCCCCAAAAAUAUACAAUAAUAUGACAUACAUGUAUGCUCACUGGCUCUACUUCUAUGUUCGUUCAGUAAGUUUCACUUUUCACUACUUCUAGGGGGGGACUAUACAACAUUCUGUGGAGGAUACGGAAUGGGUAACUUUGUUCAGCCUAUUUGCGAUCCAAACCUUUUGGUCAUUUAGUGUUUAAUUAGAGGUACCUACAUAUAGAAAUAGGCCAUUUAUAUUUAUCAGGCAGUGUCCGAACAAUUGUUGAAAGUGAGCUUUUUAUUAUUCAAUUUUUUAAAGGUAGUCAGGAACUCCUUUUGCUUGUAUUUUUGGAUUUGAAACUUGAUAUGCUACAUUUACUGCGAUAGUGGUUUGAUAUGAUUAAAACUGGCAACGUUCUGAAACAUUAUUAUACAUGUAGAUCAGUAGAGAUUAGUCCUGCACUUGCCAAGAAACAACUGGAAACUGUUGGUGAUGUUCAAAGUCAUCUAUCACGCUACCACGUGGAAUGCCGUGAUGCAUCUGAUAGAAGUGGAUGGGGUAAGGUUUUGUAUAGUUUCAUCGUAUGAAAUAAAAUUUUCUUCCCAUUUGUUCACAUUCUGGAAACAAUUAUUUUCUCAUUCUCCUUGCCAGUUUUUUGUUAUAUGAAUACUUCUAUUUUAGAAUACGUCUCUUUAGGGAUAAUAAAUUCAAGGGAUAUAAGUGUCUCUGCAACUCAAAGUUGCAUUUCUAUUCAGGAAAACUUGAAGAACAUGAAAACUAGGAAUGCUAACGGCAUCUGACAAGGAAUAUGUGAUAUGUAAUAAACGUUAUUUUAACGAUAUACUCGUGUAAAUAUAUCCUCAGAACAUUUGGAUCUUUGCCUUGUGAUUGUAACUACAGUAUAUUGAGCUUUCCCUUAAUUUUCCAGAGUAUAGCUAGAAAGAAAACUUUCUAUUGCUUGACUCAGAGUUGCAGUAUAUUGUUCUUGCCAUGCUUGUUUUUUACUUUUCAAUCGACAAAAGCAUGUAUUAGGUAUGUAAAAAUUUGGCAGUUAUCUAUUUAUGCUUAGUUUAUUGAAUUGACAACCUAAUAAGAUGAUUAAUGUGACAAAUAAGGUUACAAAGGUUGUAAGGUGAUCAAGCACGCAUUUUUUUGCCACAGGUGCCUUUCCCUUUUCUCCUGUUUUAUUGGCCAGGAAAUUCAAAAACUAUGAGCUAAAUACUUUACCAUUAACCCUCACCUUUUUGCUUUCUCAUGCAUGAGCUUCAGAUGUAGGUUUUUAUUUUUUGCUUUGCUGUAACUUGUGUUGAGUCAAUGGUCAUUUUACUUCUGUGCUACUGUAAUUUUCAUGAUAAAGAUUGACCUUGGCUCUAUGUACAGAUGCACUCAAAUCCAUCAUACCAUUUUUGCUAAGUAUCUUUGAGUUUCCUGGCUUGUAUCUCAACAUCUUAUUUUUUAAAGCUUGAGGUGAAUUAGGAUCUUAUUUCUUUCUUUGGCUUGCGCAGGUAAUGUAGAUGCUCAACCAUGUUGGGUUAUAAUGCUUGAGGUACUCAGUCUUGUAGACAUCUUUAAUUCAUGUGUUAUUAUCAUUACUGUGGAAAAAAAAUAAUGAACGAUAACAAUAAGAAGACAGAAAGCAACUAUUUAUUUCUUCGUAAAUCCGCAAGAUCCUGAUUGGAACUGCUCAUGGGGCUUAUUUCUCUUUGGAGGAUGUCUGCAGUCUGUGUGGAAGAGACGACUAUAUCCUGUACAGAGUUGAAUAAAAUUGACUCAAAGCUUACACUGUGUCAUAGCAUUGGACUAGAAGGAAAUGAAAAAGCACAUAUGAAGGUUUUUGUAUAGGGCAGUGACAAUAUUAUUUCUUGCGACUGAAUCACUUCUAACUCUCCUGGCGUAAUUCUAAUUUGCACUAGUCAAUGUUGAAAUGAUUUUGUGUAUUUUAGGAAUCUUUGGAAAUAUCUUUGGAUUUUUGUAUUGUUGACGAGGGUUUUAUGCAAUACCUCUCCGUUUGAAUGCAAGGCUUAACUUUUUUCAUGACAUAUGGAUCUUAAGUUGGGCAGAAUAGGAAGAAAGCCUUCAUUUAUCCGGUCUUGUAGAAUGUUACUAUAUGAACAAAGUUGGAUAUUAUUGUUUCUAAUGCAAAUGUAAUCUUGCCAUCAAGAUUAGAAAAAAUAUUAAAAUGAUAAAAGGGCCAUAGGUUAUUUCCAUUACAAGUUAAAAUUUUAAGUUUUGUUGUAUUCCAUAAUGUUAGGUUUUCCCCCUUGUAAGUUUCUAUUUGGAGCCAUUUCUUUCAGAUGGUGAGUCUUCUGAUGCUUUAGUUUUUACCACCUGCCUCUCCUCUUAUUAUGGUCUUCCUCUCAGACAUAGAUAGAUUUAUGCCUCCUCUGAUCUAUGCCAUCAAUGCUGGAGACUUCGUACACAUCAUCUUGAGGUUAUUAUAACUGGACAAGAGUGAAGAAACGGGUACCAGGCCCUUUGUAAUGGCAUCCUAUCUUAGUGAUUCAUAGCAUGACGAUUUUAUAAAGUGUACUUGAGAUAAUGAUCGUAUUGGAACUGUGUAAUUCAAUUCAAUGCAGUAUAGUGAUACUGUAGAAAUUCCCAAUUGCAUUUGUUAACAUAAUAAACUCUUGGAAUUUAAAUUUAACAAUGCUUAACGUUUUGAAAUUUAUGGCAUCUAUAUGAUAGUAGUAGGAUAUUCUAAAACUCUCCUAAUGCAUGGAUUAUAACAGAAACGUCCAAUUUUGGCAAAUGCUUGUGCAUUAUUAAGUCAUAUCUUAAAAUUUAGCCUUUUUAAAUUGAAAAUUAUGCCAAGAGAUAGUUAAUUGACGAUUUGAUUUCUUAAGGGAAACUAUUUAACAGUCAAAGAUAGAUUAUUUAGGCAACAAGUUACAUCCGGCCUUCUUUCUUGUCUUUUUCUUCUAUCUCACAGACAUAGUCGGAUGGUGAAACCUAUCUCUCCCCUUGUUCCCCUUCUCUCCCUCUCUCUCUCUUUCUCCCACACACAUACACACACCCUUGCCUAUACCUUUUCCAGAUAUGUACUAUGAUUACUGUUGAUGUUCAGAAACUUACAGUUCAUAUCUUAUUUUUAGGUUCUUGACAAUCUUCCACACGAUCUUAUAUUCUCCCCAAAUCAGGUUUCUGCAUGGAUGGAAGUUUGGGUUGAGAAGGUGCAAGGGAGGUUUGUAUAUUUGUAAUUCUGUUACUACCUGAGCUACGAUGUUUUUUUGACGAAUUUUCAUGCUAUUCAUUUUUCAUUUGUCCUUCAUAACCAUGAACAAUGAAUUUGAAAGAAGAGUUCUCAUCAACUAAGUAAAUUGUGUGCCAAUUUGUGUCAAUUGCAGUCUCUCUUCUAAAAUGUUUGUGGUAGGAAGUUCAUACAAUGUUUUAUGAACAUGUAAAAAAAUUCAUGACGGAAACUCCAAGGUCAUAGAAGGGAUUAUGGCAUUGUCACGAGAAAAGUGAUCCAUGAUCUCCAAUCUUCUAUGAGAUGAUAAGCUGGAACUUGACUCUUUGCAUCCAAUGGAGGGAGCGUUACAUGUACGUAGACUGCAAAAUUCCUUUCAAUGUGAGUGCCAAACAUGAAGGGUUUAGCACUUGGCUGUUAAGAAAUGAAUGAAAUCCAACUUCCACUUGAAGAAUUAUAUUUCUUAAUAAUAAUCAUACACUAAUUAACGAAGUGGAUAGAAGAGGAUUCACUGAUGAUUUCCAUUUUAGUUAUUGACACUAGAGACUUUCACUAUUAUAUAAUUAACUAAGGGCUUUCCAUUCUAGUACACAGAUACAUUCUCUUCUUCUGGAAUCCAAGAGCAAGAUCUACUCAUCCGAAGUGUUAUAAUCAAACAUGGAAGAAACUGAAGACAUGUAUGGCUCAUUCUCCUAUUACUGUACUCAUCCUGAAGAUAUUCUCACUUCAUCUGGCAGUGAUAUUGAUCGAGAAUGUUUAAGCUACCAGACUUAUACUAAUUUUGGAAGAUGUCGAAAGCUUUAUGUUUUAAGAAACUCCAGUGACGAAAUUGAGUCAACAGAAAAAUGACGUAGAAGGUUACUCUGAAUUAUAUAGAGUUUUUUCGUGAAUUUUUUUUGAGAAGUCAUCAAAAAUACAUUCGUGGUUCUAAUGUUUCCAUGGGGGCUAAGAUAUGUAAGAGAAUUAGGCCCUCCAAUUCCAAAUUGGUAAAGAGUGGUCUAGAUUCCCUAUUGAAUGUGGGAUUAUUCUGACAUAUAUCCUCAUGUGCAGGUCAACGGUUUUAGGUUCUGUUAUGAUAACAAUAUAAAAGAGACCCAUAGGGCCCAAGGACAAAAGUUGGUAUCUUUAAUAUUAUCAAGCAUUUUGGAGUAAAAAGAAAUGUGAAGUAGAGAAGCCUCAGCACAAUUGGAUAUCAAGAACAGGGGUUGUGCACAUACCAAAAAUUACCUGCAGAUGUCUUAUUUCCAUUGUUCUCUAAUGAUGAAAAUAUAAUUAUCCAAGUUUCAUAGUUAUCUUUGUUACUGAAUUAAAUUUAGUUUAUCCGUGGCCACAAGAUAAAAAUAAAUAGGAACGCCAAUACCUAAUGAGGGUUAUCAGAUCCAUACAACUCUGAUACAGAAUGCCACCAGUCCUGUCAACAAAAUGAAGGCUGUUCUAUUAUAUGACCGUAGGGAUGAGUGUAUGGGUCGGACACAAAUGAUAGAUGUGACAUAAUGGAAUUUUGACUAGAAGAAUCAAGAUGAAAAAAGUAAAGUGAAGUAUGAUUUUAUGCAGCCAAAUUCCAACAAAACUGUAAAGAACGUUUCACUAAAUGUACAUCAAGUGAGGUUUGCCAUCUUUGACCAAGUUAGUGUGAUAUAGAAUCCACAUCCAAUCCAGGUCUGUUGAUCCAGCCAAGUCAUCAUUGUCUAACAGUUCGGAAACAUUGGAUAAUGCAACUCGCAUACAGCUUGUCAUCUAUUGUAUACGUCACAGGCUAAACAAGGUUUGAGACUGUUUGAGAUUAAACUAGUUUGUUUGAGUCGGAUCAUAGCAUUGGGGUUGCCAUUUUCUUACAUGGGCUGACUUCUAAAUCUGAAAGUCUCGUUUUCCAUUAUUGGAUGCCACUUCUAAUGCUCAAACUUCUAUGAAUUAGCAAUUCAGAUGGAAUAUCUAUUUUUAGGAAUGCUUUCUACAUUUCUGUGUAAAUGGUAAGUAGAAGAUUUUAAUCUAUUCCAACCGAUCACCCAUUCUCACAGGCAUUUUAGCUAAAACCUUCUAUAAGAAUUUAUCAGAAGUUACCUUCUCGUAGAUUUGUGCCAUACCAUUGUUUUGUUGUCGGGAAGAUUAUUGAAUCAAUAUCCACUUGAAAAAACGGUUGAUAAAAUUGUUCGAUCAUUAUAUCAAGCUGAUCCCAGAAUGACUGAAUAAAGCUUUUGACAAUGUUUUUUAUGUUGAAUUGAUGAUUAACUCGGAGUUACAAAAGGUUUUCAUUUAAGACCUAGGUGAUAGAUAAAAUUUUUGGCACAUAAUGUGGAUGCUGGGUAUUAUAUAUUCUAAAAAGGUUCUCCAGACAUCACCUAUGUAAAGAAGAAAGAUAAGGUGUUCGAAUAAAGAUAAAUAAACAUGAUAAAUAGAGUCUGAAGACAUACCAUAAAACAUUCAUACACAGAAAAGAAAAAAAAUGUGCGGGAGCUUCCUUGAAACAUUCAUUGAUCUACUACUAUAAUUGUUUCAUCAAUAAGAUAAAUUAUUCCCUGGCGCCCAUUGUGAAAUUCUACUUAGGCCCAGACAUUGGCCUGCUUAAUUCCCUCUCUACUACUGCGCAUAUGUGUGCACAGGAAAAAAACAGAAGUGGGUAAAGAAAUACGUGAGAAUCUGGUCUCUUCACUGUAGUCGGAAAUGACGGAUCACUGAAGAGCAUUUACUAAAGUUUCUAGAAACAACUGCAAGUAUGUACUUGUUUCCUGAUGCUUGUCUCCUUAACUUGUAUCUACAUAAUGCAAUGCUGGCCUGUGUUCUGCAUGUCUUCCUUUACAAACUUGUAUGACUUUGGUCCACAUUAUGAGCCUUUGUGCUCAUGAUAUCUAUCCAAUGUGCUACUUUCAGUAUCUGCUCAGUUGGUAGCUGCAUCAAUUUAGGCAUAUCAGGAGCAUUCAUUGCAUGUUAAUCUGCUCACUCCUUAAAAUUCUCCGAUAUAAUAUUCCCUGUCUUUUGAUAAGCGCAUAGAUUCCCAUUUAUUAAUGAGCAUGUACACAAUCAUAUGACACUGUUCAAGCGUCCAUCUUGUCUUCACACAUUGUGAUGAUUCUGUUUCCUAUAUACUGCAUGGUGAGACAUUUUUAAUUUUGGUUGAUGAUAGUGACUCAGUAGUAUUUUUAAGUGUUCCCAUUUUGUAUGCUCUCCUAUAGUGGGUAUUUCUGUAUUUAUCGUUCCUUAAACUUUUAGAGCAAGUUAUCAGCAGUAUUUUCUUAAAUUGUAGUGGGCUAUUCUGUUCUGUACUGUCCUCCGUUUGACUCAUUUUAAUAGUUCCUAGUCAUAUCUUAAUUUCCUUGACAUGUAUUGCAAAACGUUAAUGUAUUGUCUGAAACUAAAUCAUCCAGUUGCCUUGAGAUGUGGAUCCGCCUUUUGAUGUUGCUCAUUUAUUUUCAUUUCUGACAGUGGAGAAAUCUCGGAAAUUUAUAAACCGGCUCUAGAUCCAUUGAUUACUCGUUGCAUUGAGAUUACUGGAAUGGACAAGCAGAAUGUUGCUCACGAUAAUCAAGUACUUUCUUCACUGAAGCAUGUCUGGUCAAAAGCAUUUCCAAAGUCUCGAAGAGCUUGGAUGCCAACCGGUUGUUUGGUAUGGGCAAUUUCAUACCUCAUGGUCUACUUCUGUGGGCAUCUAUUCACGUGUCAUCUUGUGCACAUAAUCAUACCGUCCAUGGCGGCGUUUAUUAGCUGAAUGUAGACUUGAUUGUUGAUCACAUCAUAGUAGACAUGAUAAAUGUCACUGGCGGAUUCUACAUUCAUUAUACAUUCGAAAGAGUAACAAUCUGGCUGAGGAUCACGGGGAAAUGAAAUUUCUCUCGUAGAUAUCAAUUUGAUCUCUAGCAUUUCGUACAAAGUUUCCAUGUACAUGCAUCAGGAAUUUUUUAGUAAAGGAAAAAAAUGUGAGGAAGUAUUUGGUCUAUACUGGUUUAGUCAAAGCGUUCGAAUGCUGUGUUCAAAACGUUAAUUACACAUAAUCUUUGAUGUAAGUGCGCACGAAAUUUGCAGGUAUAUUUUGUCUGUGCAUGCCAUGCAUGGAAAAUGAUCUGCUGGGUCUAAUCCUGCUACCUUUAUACAUGAAGUUUAUAGAAGUAAGACUGUAGUGGUGGACUCAUGUUGUCUCCUUCCUCUAUGGUGCCUUAGGGCCUUGAGUUUCCAUCUUGUAUGUUGAUAAACAUGUGGCUGAUAUUUCGUUCCUGAAGCUGGAGUCACGUGGUGAUGGGUUUUAGUCUCUCUUUCUUACUUUGUCUUAGUUUUGUGUAUCUUUUUUAUUUUUAGGGGAUUUACAUUCCCAGUUCAUCAUAUCUGAAAUUCUUUAAUUUAUUCAACCUUCGAAAGAUGGCGUUAUUAAGGGAUACUUAUAUGACAGUAUUUCGUUCGAAUAUUGAUGUGAAAGGUCAGUGACAUGCCUUCCUCAUGUGCAGAAAUUGCUCGAUGUUCUUCACUGGGCCCUACCAAACAUGUCCCUGAUCGCCUCUGACUUCAGUUACCUCCCUGAUGUUAGAAUAUCUGGUGACGGAGCUCCUCUUGUUUCUGUCAAGGUAAUUGUCUCUCCAACCGUCUAAACUAUCUCGCCAUGAAUAUCUGUUUCUACAGAAGUAAUAUUCUUUCCUCUUAGUUCAGUUGUAAUGACGUCACACCUAAGUAUCAGGAUCAUUGAAGCAUUUAUGUAAAGGCUACUUGCUUCCCAAGAAAUAGAUUUAUUCUCUGCUCAGGUCAUAUGCUCUUUUUUAAUGCCUUAAAAUAGGUGGGGUGCUGUUGUUGUACUUUCCCCAGUCUGUUUGAUUCUUUCUUAUUCGGUCAUGUUUGACAUAUUUAUUCACGUUUAAUGGGGAUCUUAUAGGAAUUUCAAUCUAAUGCUUUUAUUUGCCUGACUGCUGAAGAUAACUAAUAAUUUGUGCUUCCAUUGUAUAUUAAAAGGUUUAAUCACUCUAACUUCAAAUCUUGCAUACAUAUUAUAUGCCCACAGUACGUUUUUCCCUUUCCCAAUGUAAGGAAAAUAUUUAACCAUUUCUUGGUUUCAUGCUCCGAAGAAGCUGACAGAUUGUGAUAUUCAGUCCUUUCCUGGUCUCUCACGGGUAGUCAUCCUUGGUCGAGAUGUAUCAAUCUGAUUUCAACUUUCUCACAGCAAAGUGCGUUGAUAUGCCUCAGGCAACAUAUAGGACUGUCUACAUCAUUUUCAAUUUCUGCUUGCCAUAAAUAAACAAUAGAUUGUACAUUAUUUGGACUUGGGGUUUCUUGACGUUCCUAGUUUCCUAUGGAUAUUUAAUCCAGAUUGCAGUUUUCUGAUGUUUGUGAUUGCAUUUUGAAAUAGCUCCAGAUUGUUGUUAAGUAAAUUUAAUCCCGUUCAUUGUUUCAAUAACUUUACUUUAUGCUGAAAGAUGGCAACAUUCCUAUAUUAUAGUAGGCUGACAUCAACUUCUCGUUUAUUAUUAACAUCAUAGGGUUUGUGUUUGUUACUCUGCAGAAAGAUGGGCGCACUAUAGACUACGAUAGCUAUCUUGAUGCAAAGGUCUGCCGUCAUUACCUUUUCCAAUUGGAUAACUGAAUGUUUUUGCGUUCCUAUUAUAAAUAUGAUUGUUAUUUACGAGCAAAGCUGCGGUUCGUCAUGUGAUGGCAGAUAAAUUGGACAUUAUAAAAGUAUUAUUUUGUUCAUGUUGGCCUUGAUAUUUUUGUGGUACAUGGCUUCAUUUCUUUAUUAUGACUCAAAAGAGGCUCCAGCUUCAUUCAUCUAUGGUCAUAAAGGCUAGAACAUGAAUGAAUAUAGAGAUGAAGACAUUGUAUGAUCACGCAUCCCUUGUUUCUGUUUUUCUUCUUUUGUUAUCCUUGCGGUUUGGUGCAUCAAAGGCUACUUGUUCAAUGUUCUUUUGCUCUUUGUUCAGAUCACGUCACAGUUAUAUGAAGUAUAUUGUUUUUUGGGUUUAAGCUUUUCUAAUCGAAAUUCUGUUUUACUUGGGUAGCUUACAACAAUUAGCCCUCUCCAAGAUAAUUUUAGUAAAUUUCUAGAACAGCUAAACUCAUCGAUAUUAAACCGUCGUCAAGGUAGUCUCCUCCAAGAUAGGGUUGAUGGCCACCCCAAAAAAGUCCUAGAUGGACCUAAUUGUCGAACUCUGUGCACUAAAUGGGGACGAUGCUUCCCCUACUAUCGCAAGACAUGAGGGAGGAUAAGAGAGACCAACUUUUGGUGCCUUCUACCGAACCCCGCUACUGGUUACUCUGGCCCCUGAUGGCAAGUUAUGGUAGGAGCAUACACAAUGACAAUUAAGCAUCCUAUUGGUGAAGUUUUCUCCCCUUGUUCAUCUUCAAUGAUUAGAUUAAUUGUCGAUAGUGGGUCAAAGUAGGCAAGUCUGGUGACUGACACUCGAACAUUUUUAGCAACAAGGCAUCUAGUUUCAUUUUCUUAUUCCAGUUUUCCCAGUCUCUUGAAGAAAUGUUCUUUUUGCUUCUGUUUAAUGAAUUUCUAUAGGAUCUUCACUUUGGAUCUUUUAGUUGUUACAUUCCCAUAUUUGUGCUCAUGAAAUAUAUAGAUUAGGAAAAGCACAUAAGGACAAAGAUAGCAUGGAAUCUAGGAGAUUACGGUAAAUAAUUUUUUAUAAACACUGAACUAUUUAAACCAAGCAUUUAUCUACUUCAACUUUAUUAUGGAGGAAUGCUUUUCUGAAAAUUAGUUAUCCUCAUCUUAUUGAAACUUCAGAUACUCUCCCUUUUGGAUUCUCUGCGCUGCCUUAGUUGUAGAAGUAAAUCUUCUCUCCUGACAGUUCACAUUUUUCUCAUAAGAGUAGCCUAUUCUUUCUGACAGGGGGAUGCAGAUAUCUUCUUCCCAACAGAUUUUUCCAUGUUGGAGUUGAUUGAUCACCACUGCUCUGGAUGGCUGAAUCAACAGCCAGGUUCCAAUUCAUCAAGGCCCAUUAAGAAGAGGAGAACGAUCACAGUAUGUUCUAUUUAUCAUAUUCUAUGUGUAUUACUCUCACUGUAUACGGUAGCAUCGUAGGCUCCAGUCUAGCCUUUACCCAGCUCUUCAUGUGAGCCUGACUUGGACUACAUCUCUUGGGCUCUUCUGGAUCUGGGCUGCAUUGGCGGUGCCAACCUCAUGCCGUUCUACUCUCUCACAAUUUUCUGCACAUUUUAGUGAUAAAAGUGUUAUUUUUUUCUUUAAAUUUCGUUUUUCUGAAUGUUACCUUGUUUACAUCAAAUGUCGUUAUCAUGCAGCUUGAUACAGCUUCAUUCAUGGAAGAAUUUGGUUUGCCAUCAAAAACAAGGACCAAGGAUGGCUACAAUCCCCUUCUUGAUGAUUUCAAGAACACCAAGUUUUAUCUGAGCGUGCCAACAUACAAUGCCAAAUAG